UCUUCCUCUUCCUCUUCCUCUCCAAACUCUUUGGCCACUACACUCUCCAGCAAUGCUUGUUCAAUGCGCUGGGAGUCAUCACCGAGCUCAAAGUCAUCCAUAGCAAGUUCGCCGAAGGUUGA